AUCCCGUUCUAGGCUUUCCGUUGUUAGAAGAGCACGCCUGGGACCGAUCCGAGAUGAUGUGAACGGGGCUCGGUGUUCUCCGUAUGCACAAGUAAUUAGGAGAGACUGUCCAAAAGGGAAAAGGACGGACCCGCUGUGCAUCAAUUGACAUUGGGUUGCUUUAAUUUUCGAUUUUUAUUUAAAAUUGGACGUGAUAUGGACACCGCUAACAAGCUUGCAUCGGUGGCAACAUUUCAGAUCCUAAAAUUACCUCUGGGGUUCAUUCGUGUGUUGGAAUGGCUCUUUGCCAUUUUUGCGUUUGCCACAUGCGGUGGCUACACCGGGCAGCUGAGGGUUAGUGUUGACUGCAUGGAGAAGGCCAGCAGCAACCUCAGCAUCGCCAUAGACUUCUCCUAUCCUUUCAGGCUGCACCAGGUGUCCUUUGAAGCCCCGCUGUGCGAAGAAAUGAGGAGCGAGCGCCUUUUCCUCUCUGGGGACUACUCCUCCUCUGCCGAGUUCUUCGUCACCAUAUCGGUCUUCGCCUUCCUCUACUCCCUCAUGGCCACCGUCGUGUACAUCUUCUACCACAACAAGUACUGCGAGAACAACCGAGGGCCCCUUAUCGACUUCAUUGUGACGGUAGUGUUCUCCUUCCUGUGGUUGGUGAGUUCGUCCGCCUGGGCCAAGGCUCUGUCUGACGUCAAGAUGGCCACAGACCCCGACGAGGUGCAGCUGCUCGUCUCCGCCUGUAAAGAUCAAAGAAACAAGUGUGGCUCUGUGCAGGGCCCGCGCUGGUCUGGCCUCAACACCUCUGUGGUGUUUGGAUUCCUCAACUUUGUGCUCUGGGCUGGCAACAUCUGGUUUGUGUUCAAGGAGACAGGGUGGCACAAAGGAGCUGUGAAGCAGCAAGGAGGGCCACCAGAGAAACAGUCUUGCUCUUUCGGUCAGCAGGCCUACAACCCGAGCAGCUUUGACCAAUCCGGGGGCUAUGGUGCCCAGGGAGACCAAUCCCCACCCUCUGAAUAUAGCCAGGUUGGGGGCUCCACCUUAUACCCCAAUCCAAUGUAGGUGCAUCUCUAUACUUCAGUUAGCAGAAACGCUGUACUAUAGUCUAAAGGUUAUUCAGGAUAAGAGUUAAAAAAAUAAAAAAGAAGAGUACUUAUCCGAAUAAUGCAGACCCCUCAAUUUGGUUCAUCCUUUUCUGAUGGGACUGUGUUUAAUAAGUGAAAAGCGAUAUGCGGAAUACUAAUGUGAAGUUAUAGGUGUACCUAUUGUGACAGUAAAGGUAUUGAUAGCUAUAUUGAACCAAACAUGGUCACAAACAGUAUUUUAUUUUUGAGUUGUUAAUUGUUGUAGUGUUUUGUAUUCUGUAAAAAUGUGUUUCUAUCUAUUUUUCAGUGCUUGGUGCGUUUCCCCUUCAUUGUUAGAUAAUGGUUAAUAGGAUGCAUUGACCACAUGCAUGACUUGUUGGCGAUAGUGUGCUCUCUAAUUGCACGUUUAAAAAAAGACAGCAAUGUAUCACUGAACUCAAGUCUUUUUCAAACAGAUAUUCUAAAGUGGAUAUUAUGUCAUUUUGUCUGUUAUUUUUUUUAAAGUUAAUAACUGUUUAUUUCCUAUUCAUACAUAACACAAACUUUAUGAAAUGCUACCACAUAUCCAGAGAGCAAACUUAAAACCUUAAGUGUAGCCAAUAAGACAUUUACAUUUUAAUAGAAUAAAGGCUAAAUUUACGUAUCAUAAUACGAUCUCCAUGCAUAACAAUUACGUGUAUAUAUUGUGGCUUAGGGUACUUUAUUUAUUUGGGUUUGACAAACUUUGGUUUUUGUUUAAACAAAACCUUGUAACCUUGUUUUUUGACUUCCUUUAACUUUAUGAUGUAAAAGGAUUUCAUAGAUUUAGAUUUACGCCUUUCCUAAGCGUAUAACAGGAAUAUGUGGACAUGUCGAUUAAAUGGCACUUCUAACAA